UUUUCUUGCUAGCUUUAGCCUUCGUUCUCUAAACGCGAGCACCGCCUGUCCAGCUCCCCGCACAACAACAAGCGUGCUUUCCAGACAGCGAAAGAAGCAACAGAGAAAGAAAGAAAGACAUUUAACAUGUAGUUUAAUCAACCGACACCAUAGUAAAGUCACGAGUUUGUGGAUAAAACGAUUAUAUAAGGAAGAAGAACACGUCGCAUGCAGAGUUUCUCAGCAGACUUUGUAGAGCAGCUCCGCCGGACUGUCCACUCCACUGCACGUCUGCGAGAAGAGAGAAUGAAGAUCUGCUCACCGGUUUGAGUUCCUGGGAUGCUUGACCGACCUGUACCCCACGCUUUUCUAAGGCCUCCAGAAGCUAAAGACAGGGUGUCAUUAACAGAGCGAGUGACCUCUCUGAGCUGCCACCAUGGCCCUGGUUCAGGCUCUGCCCAUAUCUGCUGAGCCCCGCAACCCAGGCCUCAGUGGAGUAUCCCGCAGGAGACACCCCUCCGGCUCUUCAUCCCCUAUCAACGCACCACCCGCUACUCUGGAAACUAUGGGUUCUGUCAGCAGCCUCAUCGCCACCCGCCCCGGCAACUACCAUGACCACCAGUCUGUGGUUGAGCUUGGAGCCAGGGUCCGGCGGCCCACCCCAGGUGCCUCCUACCUGGGCUCUGAGUCACCCCUGGACUCCUUAUUACUGCAGACCAUACAGAAACAGAACUCCAUGACGUCCAGCAGGGAGCUGGAGAAGGAGAGUGGUAAUGCGAACUAUACCUAUCUGAAUGAGGACUAUGUAGGCAACUGGAAUGACAACCACGUAACACGUGCCAGCCCAGGAAGUGACGCAGACGAGACUAAAGGAUCCAAGUUGAAUGGGAACAUGGGGGGGCCUCCUCCAAAACUGAUCCCUGUGUCCGGAAAACUAGAGAAGAACAUGGAGAAAACAGUGCUGCGGCCUACUGCCUUCAAACCUGUCAUUCCCAAGAACCGUACUUCCAUGCAAUACCUCUCCCCUCGCCAUUGUGCCAAUGUAUCAGAAAGCCAAAACAACCUGAACCUGCUGAGCCCCACGCACAUAGAGGUGUCGCCCUCCUGCUCUGAGAAAAUCAUCUCCUACAACAGAGGUCGUAGCAUUGGCGGCGGCAGCAGCCAUUCCGGCCAACUGACAGACUCCGGACGCAACUCCCUCUCCAGCCUCCCACCUUACAACAGCAGUGGCUACAGUCUGGCAUCAGGAGAGGCCUCUGUUGGCCACCUGGAGCCCAUGAAAAGCGCUCCGCCAGUCAAUGGACACGGACACUCCAACUCAGACAGCGGGCGUUCGUCUUCCAGUAAGAGUACAGGCUCUGGCUCGAUAAGUGGCCGAGGACAGCCUCUGUCUGACAGCGGGUCCAGUGGGCGCUCCCCUGGCCCGGUUGACGGGUAUGAGGUGGUGGUUAGGGACCUGGAGGAGAAGCUGAGGGAGAGAGAGCUGGAGCUGCUGCAACUCAGAGACAACCUGGAUGAGAAUGAAGCUGCCAUUUGUCAGGUUUAUGAGGAGAAGCAGAAGCGCUUUGAGCUGGAGCUGGAGGAGCUGAGGCAGGCCUGUGCCACCAGGAUGCAGGUAGCCUCGCAGAAGGCCCAGCGUGCAAAGCAGGUGCUCCAGUUUCAGGUUUAUCAGCUCCAGCAGGAGAAGAAGAAGCUGCAGGAGGACUUCUCUCAGCUUCUGAAGGAGAGGGAGCAGCUCGAUGAGCGCUGCACCUCCUAUGAGCAUGAGAAGAUCCAGCUGGGGCCUCGACUGGAGGAAAGCAAGUGGGAGGUCUGUCAGAAGUCAGGGGAGAUCUCAUUGCUGAAGCAGCAGCUGAAGGACGUGCAGGGAGAGUUGUCCCAGCGCGUGGGAGAGAUCGUCUCCCUGCGGGGUCAACUCCGAGAGACUCGCGGCGAGCUCACAAACACCCAGGUCCUGCUCCAGGAGGCCCACGGCACGACCCGCACACGCACCCUGGAGCUGGAGGUGUGUGAAAACGAGCUUCAGCGUCGCAAGAGCGAAGCGGAGCUUCUCAGAGAAAAGGUUGGACGCCUUGAGGGAGAGUUGGUGCACCUCAGAGAUGCUUUGGCCAAUCAGGGCACAGGAAACAGACAGUGUCAGGUGUUCCAUGAGGUAGAGGAGCACCUGCUCGCCUAUGAGAGUGAUGAGGCGAAGGCCCAGCAGCAGAGCAGCAGUGAGGCCCUGCAAAACAUGAAGGUGCAAAUGGACAGGAUGCGGGCCGAGCUGGCCUACGAGCGUCAGUGGGCCGAGCAGCAAACGGGAGGCUUCGAGGAGGAGCGCAGGAUAUGGCAGGAGGAGAAGGACAAAGUUAUCCGCUACCAAAAGCAGCUGCAGCAGAACUAUGUGCAGAUGUAUCGCAGGAACCGGGAGCUGGAGCAGCUCCUGCAGGAGCUCAGCCAGGAACUGGAGAGCAGAGAGGAGGACGAAGGCAGCGGCAACGAGAUCAACUUUGAUGAGAUCGCCGCCACUGAAAUUUAACCCUCGUGUCUCGUUCAUCUUUUGAUUUGCACUACUGUCAGCGGAAUAUUUCUUUUCACCUUUAUGUGGCAGAUCUGAUUUCUUUUGUUGUUUCUUCAGAUGACGAGCUGAUAUCACAAAUGUAAAAAACAAACACCCGCAGUGUAAAAUCAGCUACACUUUAGUUCUGCCUCAUUGAUAUUUUUCUCCAAGGAGUCUUACUUCCAAGCCAACGACCUCUAUUAGUCGUUAGUAGGCCACCUCUCCGUUAAUGUCUGUGACUAGACAUCUUUCCCAGUUUUAGGAGAAUGUAGGAGAAUUAGUUGUGUGUAUGAGUAACUUCACCCAACCUUUCACUCUCCUCCUCGUCCUGAGUUGGUUAUGACGCCACCUUCCAUGCUACACUUCCACUCUGUGUUCAGUCAGCUCUCAUUAGUACAGUUUAUUUAGCUGGAGCCCACGCUUGUUUUCAAUUGACGGUAAACAUGGGACACCACACAUCCAGCUUGUCAUAAGAGUGAGUGAAUCAGAGCGAAGUGCUGAUGACGGUGGCUGCACUCUAAUCAUGACCAGUAAGUGCAAACAGGAGAUGUUUCCAAAAUAUAAGUCUACUUCCUUCUAACCGGAGUGCAAAGAUAUAUUUGUAUUAUCAAACAAAGUUAAAACCUCGACAAUUUCACUCUCAUAUCAUGGUCCUAAAUGGUGGGCAUAAUAUCAUAAACAUCUCUACUGCUUAAUGUAAAAACAACUCAGUAAUAUCUGGAUUAAAUGCUACCUUAACACCUUACACCCAGUGCUGUCACAUGGCAGCUUUUCACUGUCACACAUGCAUGGACCCUGGGCCACCGUAAAACAUGCUCAGAUGAUCCGAUUCAAUUUAUUUUCCUAUAGUGUAGGAGUGGCACUAUGGAUAUAAUCUUCAACCACAGUAUAUGUAAUUAUAUACAAGAAUAUUAAUGUACUGUAUAUGAUGACAUUGUAAAUGUUCAGAAAAAUCUAUGUUCGAGGCGACGAGGCGAUUUCAUUUGACUUUGACAAAGGUAACUAGCUCAAUAAAAUGUUUUCAGAUUAGCAUCCUUUUCAUGUCCAGAGAAGAAAUAGUUUUGGACAUACAAGGUUUUCACCCAACAGCGACAAUUUUCUCCCCGCUUAUAGUUCAUAUCCUCCACAUUCCACUUCUGGGAUUGCUUCGUUGCCAACAGAUAUUCCACCGGAUUUCACAAAUGUAGGCCAGGUAUCUGUUGCUUCCUUUGUUUUGGCAAACUCCGGUGGAGUAAUGGUUGGACUGUGGUUACCUGCUCCUCAGAUCUCUGCAGGGUGACUCCAGACAGCUAGCCAGACUACGUGUCCAAUCUGAGUUUUCUGUUGCACGACUAAAACAACUUCUGAACGUACACGUUUCUCCAAGACAAGUUCCUUCCCGAGGCUAUGUUGCAGCGGCACCGCAGCUGAUCCCGGCCAAGACAAUUGUGAUUGGUUAAAAGAAAUGCCAAUAAGCCAGAGCGCGUUUUUCUCCCAUCCCAGAAUACUGUGUGGACCAGCCAGACCUUCCUCCACAACGCCGCGGUGGUGGAAGGAGGUCUGGCAAAGCGAGACUAUCCCUGUGUUAGCGUUGGUUUUCUCCAGAAUUCUCCUCACAUGUUCCAAAGAUCUGCCGGUUAGUUGGUAACUGUUGAAUAUGAAGCGGGAAUGGCUGUUUAUAUCAGCCCUGUGAUUGGCUGGCGACAUGACCAGGGUGUACCCCAAUGUCAGCCUUCAAGAAGUAAGAAUUAGUUUUUAUUACAAUUGGAUAUAAAAGUACUAGCAACCACGGUAAAAUGACAAUCUGUAAAAGGUUGACAAAUUUCUCAUAUCGCCCAUUCCUAUAUGAAAUUUGUUCAUCGUCAUACACUUCCAUAAGAAUAACACUGAGUGAUCAGUGUGCUUAAAUAAACAAGUGUGUCACAGUACAAAAUUAUGUAUUUGAGCAUUAGACAAAUUACUUCUGCUCUUCAAGAGGUUGUAAAAGAUUAUUUAACGUGCGGGGGAUUUUUUUUCCAACCUUUUUAAAAUCUGUUUCACAAACCAAGAGACCAUUUUUGUGUUCCUCUUUUAAUGCUGAUUGAAUUAUCGUCCUCUGUAAAUAACCCUGACAAAUCAUAAAUUUUCUUCCAGAGAUGUCUGUCCAUCUCAAAAAAAUAAAAACAUUGUGAAUAGCCACUGUGAAUAGACCAAAGCAACGUCGCAUUAUAUUUUGUUCCUGCAGAUACGCCUGUAUAUUAAUGUAUGUGUGGAUGUUUGUUCUGGUUCCGCAGUAUAAUUUUAUAAUCAAUAUUUGUAUGAAGACGUUAAAUGUAUAUUUUCAUGAUGUACACUUCUUGAACAAACUUGUUUUCAAUUAAAAAAGACUAAAUUGAA